AUUGAAAAUGACGACCGUUCUUCCCCAAACAGAUGGGCCGCGGUUGUCGGCUAGUUAUUUACUAUUUAUGCUUUGAAGUCUUGGGACAACCGAAGCGCUGUGAUUCGUGGCUUUUCGGCCAGGUUAGUUAUGCCGGCAUUGGAACCAUGCCAAGCUGUUUUUCCAGCAUCAGUUUUGUGGGCACAGCAUUCAACUGUCACCCGCAAAUGGUCACUCGGGCACAAAGGACAGCAGUCAGCCUGAAGAAACCUUUAUUGGGAAAACAAUCGCUGCUAGCGAUAGAUGUCUUGAUAAAUUCCUCCGGACUGGUCCGCUUGAGGCGUCAUAAUCAGUGGUCGGCUCUCGGCAAUCGGGGGAAAACCAGUUUUUGGCUCCGUGGCAAAGCACUAUCUUGCCUCCAAUUCGUUGGCAUAUCACCGAAAAUGGUGAUUUCAAUCUGCUCUGGCGAGGAAAGGAUGGCAAAUUCAGAGCACACCUGAAAUCGCCGGAGCUUGGAGAACGCCGAUACGAGAGAAAAUAAUCAACCGGGAAUGAUACAACUGCCUAAUACGAGGAAAGCUGGUUGCUGGUCUGGAAAGUCGAGAAAAUCCCUCUCCUAGCCCGCUAUUGAAUCUUUUCGUCCGGUGAAUUGGCGGGAUUGAAUCUACCCUACCGCUAUCUCGGCUAGGCCACUCUCUAACAUUCCCGAGUGGAGAAUCCGCCAGCCGAAUGCCAUGUUUUUUAUCCUGGCUCGUCUUUCCUUUUAAGUGUCUUGAUUCUUUUUGUCCGAACUCAUGACGGUGUCGAAUACUAACAGAGACCUAAGCCUCUCAUCAUCUGUGAAUUUUUUUAUCCCAUCAUCGUGAUAUGAGGAUGGUUGGGAUGUUACCAUCAAUUAUACCUGGUUAUACUACUCCCAAUCGCAUUUCUGAUUCUUACGGUCCGUCGCAUGGAUGCAUCGCCGCACAAAUCUCAAAUUCUUGCCUCUUUGUAUGAGAUAUUGCGGCGUGGAAAGGGCAAAAGCUUGCCCUCUCAUCUAUGACUCCACCGAGCGCCGCUGCUGUAUCUUUGUCAAUAUCAGUCCAGUCAUACAUCGGAGCACUCACAUUCUUCUACCCCUAUUCUAUUUUGGCCUGUUCAUCCCCGCGCUUUGAGUCUGAAUUCCGCCAACCCAUCGGAAGGGGAACGAAUCAAUGGCUUUUUCCGAAUCUGACGGAGAAGUGAAUCGCUUGCCAGCCCGGGAAUACGAAACGCCAGUGACAGAGAAAUAUCACGGAACAGCGGAUCGGCGGGAUGUCAUUGGCGAGCAGGGUCUACCAAGGACAGACGAUAUCAGGGGAGACGCCAAGUCAUCAAGGUCCAGAUCUUGCUCUCGAGCAGAAGAUGGAGGUGGCAAUCUCGCAACGAGACAAGGGACCAAUUCAUACUCUGCUGCCGUGGUAGUUCCCAGGAAUAAGCGUCGAGGCCUAUUAGGACGUCUCGCGCUGCUUCCUGAAGUUGAGGAUCCUCAAAAGUAUCCUCGUAAAACAAAAUGGUUGAUCACGUUAAUAAUUGCAAUUGCAGCUGUGGCUGCACCUCUCGGCAGCGCGAUAUUCUACCGUUAGUCUUUAUUCCCCUAAGCCGACUUCAGACACGUUUUUUGACGUCCUUUUCCUUUCCAGCUGCCCUUGGGGAGGUUGCGUCUUCCCUUAACACAACCCCCACAGUUACCAACCUUUCCAUUGCACUGUAUAUGUUGAGCAUGGGCAUAUGCCCGCUAUGGUGGUCCACAUUCAGCGAAACCUUCGGUCGCCGUUCGAUAUAUAUCAUAUCAUUCUCACUUUUCAACGUAUUCAAUAUCCUAUCGGGCGUCGCAACCUCCAUAGAAAUGCUUAUUGUUCUACGGUUAUUGAGUGGAGGAGCAGCAGCUUCGGUUCAGGCGAUUGGGGCGGGGACAAUUGCAGAUAUUUGGGAAUCACGAGAAAGAGGCAGAGCAAUGGGGACAUUCUUCCUUGGACCGUUGUGUGGCCCUCUGCUGGCUCCGAUUAUUGGAGGCGCAAUGUCACAGGCUUGGGGCUGGAGAAGCACGCAAUGGUUUUUGACCAUUUACGGAGGCGUAUCACUACUGAUUCUCACUUUCGGGCUCCCAGAAACAUUAGUUUCACGGAAAAGCCUGGUCGCAGAGGUAGAACCAAACGCUGAACUAAGCCGCACUCUCAGUCGAGUGUCGUCUCGCCAGGUUGCGCAGAACACCGCCAAGUGGUUGAAGAUUUUGAGAAUGAUUUUCGUCGAUCCGCUUCAGAUAUUGCUUUACCUACGCUUCCCGGCUGUGUUGUUGACUGUGCUCUAUGGCAGCAUCACCUUCGGGUCAUUAUAUGUGCUGAACAUAAGUAUACAAACUACUUUCAGCCAACCUCCGUAUAACUUCCCUGUACUUCUCAUAGGAUUGCUAUAUAUCCCUCAUUCGAUAGGUUAUAUAAUUUCUAGCAUUCUCGGUGGCAUGUGGAUGGACUCCAUAAUGCAACGCGAGGCAAGGAAGGCAAACAGAGUUGACGAGAGUGGGAUGUACAUCUACCGUCCCGAGGACAGAAUGGGAGAAAAUGCUUGGCUCGGGGCGUUCAUUUAUCCUGCAGCAAUGAUCUGGUAUGGAUGGACCGCGGAAAAACAUUUAUUUUGGGCGAUACCAAUAAUAGCCAAUUUCUUCUUCGGUGUCGGCUCGAUGAUUAUAUUCAGCAUGUCAACAACGAUGUUGACUGAAUUCAUGCCCCAGCGUUCAUCAUCUGGUGUUGCAGUGAACAACUUCAUGCGUAAUAUCUUCUCAUGUGUCGGAGGUGUCGUUGCCGCUCCUAUAAUUCACGCCAUUGGGAACGGUUGGCUAUUUACGAUCCUGGCCCUCGUUGCAUUUGCUGCCGGCUCAGUGAUUUGGGCGAUGAGACGGUUUGGACCGCGGUGGCGGCUCUCUAUGGAAGCCAGAGUGAACUGAGCCGAUGGGAUGAGAUGGUUCUACUUAUAGAUGAUGGGAGGAAUUUCAUAGAUCAGGAGAACAAAACAUGCACACUUCGUUUCGUUGUUUUGUUUUAGUACAAUUAAUGUGUGUCAGUGAAAUUGCACUGCUGCGAUAUGUAACAAUUUGAUUCCCAGGUGCAAUGGACUACCGCUAACCACUUCUCCCUUUGGCGCAUUAUUGUUUGGGCUUUUUCCACAUAAGAGAGAAUUUAAGGAGAUAAUUACCGCUUGUCUCUUACCAAUAUACUUCGUCCUUCUCUUUUCAAUUGCGGGAAUUCCGUUUGAAAACUCUCAGGGUCUUAAUGUUCCUGCGCAGCCCGAGAAUGGAUAUAGGAACCGGGAAUGUGGCAUAGAACCAAGCACGAAAAUAGAAGGCAUAGGUGAGCCACGACGUAGCGGAAAGAUAUUUACAGAGGAUAAAAGCCAAAUGUGGCUCACUCUCUCUGAUAUUAACUCUCUUAUUUAUCAGCUCCUAUAUCGGCUCAAAUAAACCUGAAAAAUUAAACUUCUUGUGGAUGGUCCGGUUAACAAAAGGCAAUCUAAUAAAGUACCCAUAAAUAUUGCCGCCAGGUACUAAGAUACUUUCAAUCUGGGCUGGUGAUGUGUGAGGUUGAUUUAGAGCUCGAUAUUUUGCCUGGCUGGGUGUUAGAUUCGGGUUAUGUUAUCCUGAUGGCGCUGGUCUAGUUAUUUAUCUAUUCAAUACAGGGGUGAUCAGCAAAGGUGGUUUGCUCCAAGUAAGCAAAAUUAGAGGUUUAAUCUAAAUAAUAUUAGCUAUCUUAUAUCUUCA